GUUGCUCUCUAUGAGGUUGGUUGUGCCUUCCUCCCUUCCAGUUUGAUGCUUCGCAGGGGUAGCUUAACAUUGUCCUGCUUAGUCUGUACAAAAAAUCGGGCAAAUUUGGGGUUUUUAGAACUCUGGUGUACUUGGUCGGACCCGCAGGGUGUGUCUUGGCACUAGUUGGUUGCUGUAGAGUGCAUGUUUUCUGAGUUGAUUUUACAGUCGUGGUUCGGAUUGGAGCGCGAGCAUGGUGUUUGUUAGUACACAGGGGUGAGGUUGACAAGUGAGAGUGUGGCUGCACAUGCCCCGACUAUCUGUCAACUGUGCUCGUCGUAAGUAUGUUCAAGCCAGGAAGUAAGCAACAACUAAAUACAAGUCGCGGAGGCGGAACAGUCGUCAUGUAGCAGGCACUCGACUGAACUUCCAGGUGAUUGCCUGCAGGUACGUGAUCAUAAAUGCAAGUGAAGUGCCUGCUCAUACUGGGUUGUUGCCCAAUCUUGCAGCAGUAAAUGUAUGGGAUUGACGGGAGCUAGGGACUGAAUGGGCAACACUUGUGUAGGAGCGGCUGGAUACUUUCAAGGCUUUACCAGUGCAAUAGCGCUGGGAGGCCGAAGCUCCAGGUCAAAUAGCGAAAGAUCGCCUACUGCAUCCAAAAUAGAUGACAGUGAUCGCAAAGUUGAAGUAGAUACCCCUGCAACUCAACAGAAUCCGCCACGCCAGAACCACAUCCCUUCUGUGGAUACCGCUGAUCAGCAGCAGUUUAAGGAGGUUAUUGAAGCCAUGAAGAAAGGCAGAGAAAUCAAGUCCGUUUCCGGUCAAAGCUUAACUCACUCUGUUCUGCAGCGGAAAACUGAAAACCUGAGAGACUUGUACAUUUUGGGAAAGAAACUUGGACAAGGCCAAUUUGGCACUACCUAUCUGUGCAUUGAGAAGGCUACGAAUAAGGAGUAUGCAUGCAAGUCUAUAGCGAAAAGGAAGCUCAUCUCCAAAGAAGAUGUGGAAGAUGUUCGUCGUGAGUUGCAAAUUAUGCAUCACCUUUCGGGUCAUCCAAACAUUGUCAUGAUUAAAGGGGCAUAUGAAGAUCCUGCUUCGGUUCAUUUAGUGAUGGAGCUUUGUGCAGGUGGAGAGCUUUUUGAUCGCAUCAUUCAGAGAGGGCAGUACUCUGAGGCCAAAGCGGCGGUACUUACUCGCACAAUUGUAGGUGUGGUUGAGACCUGCCAUUCUCUAGGGGUGAUGCACAGAGACUUGAAGCCGGAAAAUUUUCUGUUCUCUAGUACAAAGGAAGAUGCGGCUUUAAAGACGACUGAUUUCGGGUUGUCGGUGUUUUUCAAGCCUGGAGAAGUUUUUAGGGAUGUGGUAGGAAGCCCAUACUAUGUUGCACCCGAGGUAUUGAGGAAAAAUUAUGGCCCUGAAGCUGAUGUCUGGAGUGCUGGAGUAAUUCUAUACAUCCUUCUUAGUGGAGUUCCUCCUUUCUGGGCAGAGACUGAGCAGGGAAUUUUUGAACAGGUUUUGAAAUCAGAGCUUGAUUUUGCCUCAGAUCCAUGGCCUAAAAUUUCUGAUAGUGCCAAGGACCUUAUUCGCAAAAUGCUCAAUCCUCAGGCCUCUAAAAGGCUGAAAGCUCAUCAAGUACUGUGCCAUCCCUGGAUCUGUGAAGAUGGAGUGGCACCGGACAGGCCUAUUGAUUCAGCAGUGCAGUCUCGGCUCAAACACUUCUCUGCGAUGAACAAACUGAAAAAAAUUGCAAUUAGGGUCAUUGCUGAAUCUUUAUCAGAGGAAGAAAUAGCAGGUUUAAAGGAAAUGUUUAAGAUGAUGGACACUGACAACUCGGGAUCAAUCAGCUAUGACGAAUUGAAAGCUGGACUGAAGAAAGUGGGUUCCAUUCUUAAAGAGGAAGAUAUACGGCAGCUGAUGGAUGCUGCGGAUGUUGAUGGCAAUGGAACGAUUGAUUACGGGGAGUUUCUAGCCGCCACCCUUCACUUGAAUAAAAUUGAACGUGAUGAGAACAUGCUUGCAGCUUUUUCGUACUUGGACAAGGACAAUAGUGGCUAUCUUACGAUUGAUGAGCUUCAACAUGCUUUAGCCCAGUUCAACAUGGGAGACAUAUCUGUGGAUGAAUUGCUUCAUGAAGUUGAUCAAAACAAUGACGGUCAGAUUGACUAUGCUGAGUUUGUUACGAUGAUGCGCAAGGGAAAUCCUGGUGCUGCUGGUCGAUCGUCAUUUCGGAACAGCCAAAGCUUGAGCUUAAAUGAUGUCUUGAUGAUGGGAUAGACCAUUGAAGGAGUCUUGAUGAAUCCUUAUAAGUCAAGCUGACCAUAUUUCUUCGUAGCAUGGUGGGCUUAAGUUCCCGCCCGUAUGUUAUUCCUGUUAAUCCUCCAUGUGCAUGAGAGGAAAUGAUUACUGUAGACUCUAAAGCCGUGGAUACGUUCCUGUUCAAUCCAGCGAAGCUCUCCAGCUUUGUGGACAAAUGUAUUAGGCAUACAAUGCUGCCGGUUAUGCUUAUUGUUUAGACCUGUGAUGGGUUUUAGAUGAUGCUGAGGUAGUGAAAAACUCUAGGCGUGUAGUCUGUUCCCACAGUGAUAUGUCUAUGCGAAGAGAACAUUUUCUGAUGAUUCAGAUUGGUGAUGAGAUGAUAACUAGUGUAUAUCCUCUACCAACAAGAUAACGCCAUCAAACACUGGUUCUUCCCAAAUCCUGAAGUCAAGAUUUCACAGGCUUUAUGUACUGAGUUUUUGUAGUUACUAAUGACAUCGUCGGAUUCUUCUCA